AGGUGUGCUUUUCCACUCUGUUCUAAUUGCAAGUGGAAGGCAGGUCUUUGAAAUACAGGAUGGCAACUCAACAGCUUUUAAAGACCAGGCAAAAGAAAAAGUCCUCUACGGAGUCAGUGUUGUUCCCCAACAGAAUUGCUACUGAGCAGCAGUCUGUGGCACUGGUGAAAAGACUUCUGGCCAUCUCCGUGUCCUGUAUCACAUACAUGAGAGGGCUCUUCCCAGAGAGCUCUUACGGAACCCGCUAUUUGGAUGACCUCUGUCUAAAAAUUCUCCGAGAAGAUAAAAGCUGCCUGGGAUCGUUGCAGAUAGUCAAGUGGGUUCAAGGAUGUUUUGAUGCUUUGGAGAGGCAGUAUUUACACAUCGCUGUCCUCGCAAUUUACACCAAUCCCAAGGAACCGGAGACAGUGACUGAACUGUAUCAAUUCAAAUUCAAGUACAAAAAGGAGGUGCCCCAGAUGGCCAUCAUCAGCAACCAGAUGAACUUGGUGAAUGGGGUGUGUGGUGAGAAGGACAUCAAAGAGGCCAGCAGGCUCCUGAUCCGUAAACUCUACCUGCUGAUGCAAAACCUUGGCCCCCUUCCCAACGACAUUACCCUGACCAUGAAACUCCACUACUACAACGAGGUAACUCCCAAAGAUUACCAGCCCCCGGGCUUUAAGGAGGAUGGCAGCCCCGGUGACCUCUUUUUUGAUGGCGAACCUGUCAACCUGAGAGUAGGGUCAGUCUCCACUGGCUUCCACCUCAUGAAAAUGAGAGUGACAACUGAAAAGAAAAGAAUGGGGACAGCUGGAAGCAACCUAAUCCAGAAGAAUGGACCUACUGAGAUCUCCCAUCAAGGGUUAGACUGUGAUGAAGAGGAAGAGGAGGGGAACACAAAGAAUCACCCUGUACCUGUCAGAGCAGAUUCAAGUGAGCACGGAGAGGGGAAAAGUGACACCCAUCCAGGCUGGAAAACGGAAGCAUCUUCUUUUUACCUUCAAGAUACAGGUGGAGAGAAGAUGACAGGGAUAAAGGAGACAGGCAGGAUGUAUUGCUCAAGGGCAUCUCAAAAGAUAAGCUGCCUGAACCUUGCGUUUAGCCAGGAAGAGGUAAUAGGACCCAAGAAGAAAAGGAAGGUCAGUGAACCAGAGAAGCUGCUUCUGGAAGGCAGGAAGUGAUGUUCAUUCUGACACACAAUACAUUUUGGAAGGUGUGACUUUGCGUUGUCAUCUGACUAGUAAAGGCCUUUUACUGCCUUGCAAUAUUUAACCCUUCCCCAUACUGCCUGUAUUUCUGCAUGUUUAUGUGUCUAGUGCAAACUUGGGAUUGCCAAGAGACAGCAAGCGCCAUAAUUGUCAUGACAAUGUUGACCAACAGCACUUGUUUGAUGUUCUAAAGUUGAGGAUUUGUGAUUCCACAUGUGUGGUGUCUGUGUGCUUCUCUCCGUCUCUCUCACCCCCCUCCACCCCCACUCCCUGGCUAAAGCUCCUUCUCUGUGGCUGGGCUGUCCUGCACCAAUAUGUCAUCAAUAUCUGAUGGCACUGUUUCAAGAAGAACUCUCUGAGGUACCAACACCAGCAAGCAACAAGUCUCAUGAUUCACUAGAUUGUGCUUAACUUCAUCCUAUCUAC